UCUGUCUUUCCCAUUCACUGCCCAGCUCUUGUUAAGAAUCAACGUAAGAAUGAAGACCCAACAACUUCUAACAUGGACCACCACUACUUCCACCGUCGCUGCCUCUCUCCUCAUCCUCCUCCUCCCUUGCCUGACGGUGCCUUCAGGAGCUGUUCAGGCCAACACCCCGCAGUACCACCCAGGCUCAGGGCCGGGCUCCCAUAAUCACAUGAGGAAACACAACCACGGAACGGGCCAUAAGCACCAUCACCCCAACCCCAAACGGCCGCCCACAACGAUGGAGAGGAUUGAGAACAGACAAGACCCCAAACGCCUGCCAAGGGAAGAGUGGACGAACCCGGAGCUCCUGAAGGAUAAUGAGAUAUUCCACGAUAGGGAGCACCUGAAGGAAGAGUUACCUGAAUACCUGAAUCUGGAAAAGGUGCAAGAGAUGUCUGAAAAGGAGCUGGACUUUCACUACUUCAGAAUGCAUGACUUCGAUAACAACUUCUUGCUCGAUGGUCUGGAGUUGCUGGCGGCGCUGGGACACAUCGUUGACGAGGAUGAGGAGGAGGAGGGGGAAGGAGAGAAGGGGGAUGAAGGAGGAAGAGGAGGAGGAGAAGAGAAGAAGAAGAGCCAGGAGGAGGAACUGAAGGGCCUGAGCGAGGAGGAGAAGAGGGUUGUGAGGAAUUACCGAUACAAGAAGUGGGAGGAGGAGUGGAAGUUUUAUAUCGACCUCGUGGACGGCGUGCUCGAGAACAAUGACCUGAACAAGGAUGGUUACCUCAGCUGGUCUGAAUUUCUCAAGGGAAGGAGAAGGAACAUAUAAAUUAAGAGGUCACACACACACACACACACACACACACACACAGGCGCUAACAGAAGAAUAUAUUGGAUGUAACUAAAAUAAACCAUCAUAAAUACCUUUGUUACUACUCUACCUAUACUGAAAUACGAUGAUUGAGGAUCUAACAUAUUGCAAAGACACUGUUGAAAUAGAAAACAUACGCGCUAACAGAAGAAUAUAAUGGAUGUAACUAAAAGAAACCAUCAUAAAUACCUUUGUUGCCCUUCCUAUAGUGAAAUAUGCAAAUAGAAAAAGCUAAAUUGCAUAGUCACGAGUGAAAUACCAAGCCUAUGACGUCACCUCGUACCAAGACUUACCCCAAAACCUAAUUAACACUCAUACCAGUAGUUAUUAAGAAGUCAUUUAGUAAACCUUAGUACAAAACAACCCAUUUGAUCAUUGUAUUAUCCUGGUACCCCUUCAUGCUGACUAGAAAGGUUUAAAUUCAAUGCCCUCCAUCCCGCCCAAAUCCUGCCCCACCCCAAAGGAAGUUAACAGCCAUUUCCAGUAUAACAUCAGCUAUUCACGUAUUACCUCACAAAAAGGCGGAAUGUUAAGGUACAAAGGGCCAUCUAGUAUACUUUUGUUAAGGUUUAUAUAUAGGAUAUACAAGAGAAUGGAGUGUAAUGCGCAUGUCGACCUUCUAUCGUUUAGCUGAGAAAUAAUUCGCGGAGAUGGAUAUAAUUUGUCUACUUUUCCUGUAUGUUUUGACUCUAAAGCACUGUAAAGGGUUUGUAUGAAUAAUAUUUACUUAGUAUUACCGUUUUUAGAGCUUAAGGGGAGAAAUAAACGGCAAAAUGGCUCAUGCGGCGAGUGAGA